AUGGGUCUCGGCAAGAUGUCCGUCCGCGUUCGCGGCGCAGAAUGUGGAAUGGAGGCCAUCAUAUUAGGAUGUAUCACUUCCAUAGGCGGAUUUCUCUUUGGUUAUGAUACCGGCCAAAUCUCGUCUAUGCUUCUCUUCCGGGAUUUCAUCCGUCGAUUCGGUCAGACCCAGGCUAAUGGUGAAAUCGCAUUCGAUGUUACGAUUCAAUCUUUGGUCGUCUCCAUGAUGUCUAUCGGUACUCUUCUUGGUGCGUUGGCUGGAGCCUAUACCGCCGACUGGUUCGGCCGUCGACGCAGUCUCAGUAUCGGUGUGGCUGUCUUCAUCAUUGGAAAUAUCAUACAAAUCACGGCAAUGGAGAGCUGGGUCCACCUUAUGAUAGGUCGUAUUGUCGCCGGUCUCGGUGUCGGAAACCUGUCAAUCGGUGUGCCCAUGUUCCAGUCCGAGUGUUGCCCGCGCGAAAUUCGUGGUGCUGUCGUUGCUUCAUACCAACUGAUGAUCACUAUCGGCAUCUUGAUCUCAAAUCUUAUCAACUAUGGUGUCCGCGACAACCCCGGUGAUGAUACAGAUGCAUCUUGGAGAAUAGUCAUUGGUCUUGGUAUUGCCUUUUCGCUCCCGCUUGGUAUUGGAAUCCUCUUCAGCCCUGAAUCACCACGUUGGCUGGCUGGACGUGGUAGGUGGGAAGAGGCACGCAUGUCCCUUGCCCGUCUACGAGGGCUGAAAGACGAUCCAACGAAUCCACUUGUCAAUGACGAUUUCAAAGAGAUGGAAUCUUCCAUUCAAGAACAAAACAGCGCCGGACAGGCAACUUGGGUCGAAUGCUUCACUGGCAAGCCAUCUAACAUCCCACGAACUCUCUACCGCACAAUUCUUGGAUGCGCACUACAAUUUUUGCAGCAAUGGACUGGAGUCAACUACUUCUUCUAUUACGGUGCCACGAUUUUUGAAGCAGCCGGUAUCGAUGAUCCCAUUCAGACCCAACUCAUUCUUGGUGCUGUCAACGUUGCCAUGACGAUUCCUGGUCUUUAUAUUAUCGAAAGGGUAGGUCGUCGCGUACCAUUGGUUGCCGGUGGUCUUUGGCAAGCCGUCUGGCUCCUUAUCUUCGCGAUCAUCGGUAUCGUGCGACCCCCAACAGAAUACGCCAGCUCAGGAACCGUUAUGAUUGUUUGUGCCUGUAUGUUUAUCGCAUCCUUCGCCAUGACAUGGGGCCCCUUCGUGUGGGUAGUCAUUGGCGAGACCUUCUCUCUCCGGUCACGUGCAAAGCAAGCCUCCUUGGCUACUGCGUUCAACUGGCUCGGAAACUUCAUGAUUGGGUUCCUUACACCAUAUGCCAACGAUGGGAUCGGCUAUGCUUUCGGAUUCGUAUUCUUUGCCUGCAACUUCGUCGCAGCCGCAACCGUUUACUUCUUCGUCUUCGAAACGAAGUCUCUGUCGCUUGAGAACUGUGAUGUCAUGUAUUCGGAUCCAAACCUCAAGGCUAUUACUAGUAAGAAGUGGAUACCCACAGGCUACAUCACUCGCAACGAGCGCGACGACGCGUACUGGCAGCGACGCACAAGCGUUUUGGACAAUCAGGCAGGUGGAAUUCCAGGAUCUCUUGACGAGAAGCAUGGGGAAGACAAGCUCGCCACCGACACAUCACCAGAUAGGAGUAUGUCGCUGCACCAAGAGCACGUCGACGGGACAACCGGGGACAGUCGUCGAGUUUGA